UCCAGCAUGUUUAAGAACUUUUGUACAUAAUUUACAUUAAGAAGAUGUAUUAUUUUUUUUUAUAAAAUUAGUUCCAAACAAUGCUUUUUGAUAUAGUUUUUUCCUUUUUGAUAUUCAUAUUAUAUCAUAGUUUAAUUAUUGCACAAUACAAAUAUUGCACAAUGUUUCGACAACUUGUUUUUUUCGCACUCGUAAUUCGUAACGCUUUUUAGUUUUCAAUAAUCCGAUAGAGGUUAUACAUUAUUAUUGCAAAAGGCCGUUCGUACUCUAAUUAAAAGACCGCCGCACAGCUUGCAUAACGCAUUACAUAAAUGCAUAAGAAAUUCAAUUGGUUGAAUUUCAUAUGCACUUUGCUUAUGGGCCAAUCAAUUUGCUUAUGUCCAUACGUUAUGCGUUAUGCAAAAGUCUGUACGGCGGCCUUAAGGUUGUAAGAAAUCAACUAAUCACAGUCGAUUAUUCUUUGAUUACUAAAGAAAUAACUAUUUGUGAUUGGUCCGUUUUUUACAACCUUACGUUUACAACUACUUUUACGCAAUUGUAGAAUGGCCUUAAUACUAUUCUAUUCAACGGUAGAUUGUCGAACGCAAAUUUUGUCCAAGAUCUAUGGUCUGUUCUUUCUAGCUGCACUGUUGCACCGGUGCAAUAAGUUAAAGUAAGACAAGUAUAUUUUUUCUCAUUUUAACUUAUUGCACCAGUGCAACAGUGCAGCUAGAAAGAACAGACCACUAGUCAAUUUUUGGAUUAUGGGCUUAAGCUUUAAAAACUAUUAUACUAGUAAAUCUAGUAACAAUUUUAGUAACAUCGGAUUAAAAAAACUAUUGUUAUAAAAAUAAAUCGAAUUUGUAAACAUCGGAAAAAUUAUCGAUGUUGUAAUAAAAAAAGAAUCGAACAUCGAUUAAUCGAUAGUACAUCGCCCAUCCCUAAUAACCAUUAAAAAAACAUUGUAGGAUUUCUCGAACAGUAUCGACGAGACGCUUUAUUUGCCAGCCGUCUCUUUUAUACGGACGAAGCUACGUUUACGCCUAAUGGCGUUUUUAAUUCACGCAAUAUGGUAAGGUGGUCUGACGAAAAUCCGCGUGAUGUUCGUCAAAUCUCCUUUCAAUAUCGCUGGGCGAUUAAUGUAUGGGCAGGUGUAAUUGGCGAUAGAUUGGUAAAUAUUCUUACGAAAUAACAAUUUUUCUUUUGCUAUACUUAUACAUAUACUCGACGCGUAUAUUAAUAACUGUUACAAAUAAUUACCGUUCUUAUAAAUUACUACUAAUUUUUAGAUUGGCCCAUUCUUUCUGCCACCACGGCUUAAUGGAGAAGUAUACGGACAUUUUUUAAUUAAUGAGUUGCCGCCUCUUUUAGAGGAUAUUCCUCUACAUGUUCGGAAUAAUAUGAUUUUCCAACAUGAUGGAGCUCCGGCACACUUCUCCCGUCGUGUGCGUGAUAUCUUAGACGCACGUUUUCCAGAUAGAUGGAUGGGUCGAGGUGGCCCAAUCGCUUGGCCACCACGAUCGCCGGAUUUAAACGUGCUCGACUACUUUGUAUGGGGCCACAUUAAAACGAAGGUCGAGCACAUGCGUGAACGUGGCGAAGCUGAGGUGCGCGAAGCGAUAUCAGCGGCCUUUCAAACAAUAACGCCAGACAUGAUACGCCGUGCAACACAGCAGAUUGUUCGAAGAGCCGAACUGUGUUUAGAAACACAAGGCAAACAUUUCGAGCAAUUAUUGCAUUAAAAUAAUGAGAGUGGAUUAGGCCUACUGGGGAAACCACUUAAAAAAAAACGCGCCAAGCUAUCUACCUCGGUGGUGGUGCGGAAACGAUAGCGUUUUCGUGGAUUUGCGAAGUUUUUGACUCUGCAAUACUGUAGCUAAGAGUAAAGCAGAACGUUGUUGCAAUUUUUAUAUUAAAAAAACAAAGAUAAAAAGAUGUAUGUCGCGAAUUUAGCAGAAUAUCUUUCCCUCUAAAGUAUUUACAGAAACACAAUAAACAGCAUUUCUAACAACAGUUCCAAUCAAUACUAUUCGAGUUUCAUUAUGUGUCAUAAAAUUUUUUUUUAACGAGAUUACUUUUUCUUUAACAUUUUUAAUAUUAAACGCAAUACAACACUCAGAGAGAAAAUAUCGCGCUGAUUAUUUAUCGCAGUUCUAGGGAUAAUUUUCGCUAAUUUUUUUCUUCGAGCGUGUUUAAUAAAAAUUUUUAUUUAAAUUACACAAAAUAUAAGUAGAUAGUACAAUGUGAAGACGUUGUUAAAAGUGAUAAUAUUUAUUGUAUUUAUGAGUACUUGAGAGGGAGAGAGUGAGUGAGAGAGAG